AUGAAGGGCUUUCUUGGGUUAUUGUUGGCAUCGGUCACCUCGAUCGCCUCGGCUGCCACGCCGGCAGCUCCAGGCCUGACCUACCUGUAUUCGCUCAACUGCACGCUCGGACAGGCGCUACCCGUUGGCGCCGGCCCGCAUGGCACCCGCACGGUCAUCCCCAUCACCGGUGGUACCUUUUCUGGUCCAAGAUUGUCCGGCAAGGUGCUGAACCUCGGGGCUGAUUGGGGCUUGAUCGACAAGGACGGCACCUUCUCAGCCGACACACGGUACCACCUCCAGACUGAUGACAACGCUCACAUUUUCAUCCGCACAGCGGGCCCGGCGCAAGCCAGCGGCAAAAUCCACCUGCGGAUGGAAUUUGAGACUGGCGAUGCUGGAAAGUCGAAUCGAGAUUUCGGGACAGCGGGGACUCGCACAUCCGCGACUUCUCCCUGCUCAAGCCCAACUCGGGAGCGGUCACGUGCUGCUGCUCAGACCUUGAGUCCUCAACCUGGCCUUGCGGGGCACGCGCAUCGACCGCCCUCGCAAACAUACGAGAUUCUACCGGAUCUUCGCCGAAAAGUCGCCAGCGCGCCCGGACAGCCAGCCGCAAAGAUCAUCCGGAGUGAAGCCGUGAGGCCAAGGCGCGUCGAAUGCGACGGCACAGGGCCGACCCCAAAUAAUCCCCAGCAGGGCGCCGACACCGACGGUCGCCAGGCCCACCAACCGCAAGUGCAUCCCCAAUUCACCGCUGAAGCUGCCGCUGCUGCAGUCGCCGCCGCCCAUCAUGGUCUUCAAGCGCUACAAGCUGCCGUCGCAGCUCCCGCUCCAGUCCCAUCACCGAGUCCGGCGACAUCGCAACAUGCAUCUCUCGCCGAUGCCUCCUCGUAUCUCGCCGCCAACAAUGUCGGACCAUCUCCUGGUGGCGGACCAAAUGCAAAAGCAACUCGCUUGCGUCGGGCUUGCGACAUGUGCAGCCAGCGCAAGGUAAAGUGCGACGAGACCCAACCAUGCAAGCCCUGUAUUGAACUCGGCGUCGACUGCACUUUCAACCGGACGAUGAAGCGGCGCGGGCCGCCUAACAAACACGCCGAAGCGGCCAAGGCGGCCAAGCAGCAACGACUGGAACCAAACAUUAGCCCCGGACCACACAACGCCGCCGAGACGCUCAUCUCCAUCUCCGGCGGCCAAGAUGCACAGCAUAUCCUCGAUGCCGAGUCUAUCGCCCCGUGGCCCGUGUUGACUCUGCUCAUCGACGACUUUUUCACAUACAUCCACCCUCUCGCGCCGUUCCCCCACGAGCCCACAUUCCGCAUGUCAUUUACGGCACGUGAGGACCGCACAAAUCGUGCGUUCCUUGGGCUACUAGCCAGCAUGAUUGGCGCCUUGGUGGCGUCGUUUCCGAGGACGGCCCGGUUGCACCUCAAGACCCACCAGCACGGCAUGCACAUGUACCCCAAAUCCAUCACAUUGGUAGACCGGUGUCGGACAGUGGCCCUCGAGGCGCGGGGUGCGUCCUUUGGCAGUAAAGAUGAUAUCACCGUCCAUGACGCUGCCACGAGCUAUUUCAUUGCUCUCGCGGCCGCAUACACCAUGCGGUGGAAGCUUUACCGCCGUUUCAUGGCCGAGUCCAUGACUUUCAUCCGAGAGCUGGGCUACCACAAGCCGCGGGACCUGGGCUCAUCCAUGUUCGGCGUCACCUACCGUGGACCCCCGUUCAACCACGUCGAAGAUCAACUGGGGAAGCGCAUGUUCUGGUGCCUCUUCCUCGGCCUUCGUUCCAUGUACCAGCUCGGUACACAUCACAGCGACCUUGUUCUUGCACCGCCCAACUCUCAGCGAGCCAUUUUGGGCCAGCCUGACCACAGUGUCUCGCUCCUAACUGGCUUCAACCAGGGUAUUAAAAUUUACCUGACCAUGAAUGGGCUCGUGAGCUUCGAGCUGGCGUACGGCAUCUCGAGCCUUCCCUUCCACGAUCAACAAGUGAUGCUCGACGAAUCACUACAAGCGGUAAAACAAGUCAUGGACAACUUGCCGCCCGAACUCACCAUCGACGUGAACCUUCCUCGCUCGAUUAACACUCCGAAUCAUGGUCUCGCCAACCUAAUCCCCACUGGCCCACAAGGCAAUGUAUUUGACGACGGCAACAGUGGGCUUCAAUACUGUCCCAUUGGUUACCAGCCCUUGCAACAGCAGCAGCAGCAGCAACAGCAACAGCUGGCUACCGAUUUCCACCACACGCCCGGCGGACAUCCUGAACGACGCCGUGUCCAGUACGAAAUACAAAAAGCCAAUAUUUACGCCUCCCAACUAGCCACCCGCUCCUACUACGUCGAACGCGGCGGACACUGCACGCGGCCGCGGAGCAAAACGAUGGCUAUCGACACCAACAUGGCGGCCGAGCGCGAACUCAUCGUUCAGCACCUGCUCACCGUGCUCGCGUCCAUCUCGCAUCGCAGCAUGGAGCCCAACGGCGGCUCGCUCAUCAACAAAAUCCGCCAGGUUGCCAGCACGCUCGUGAACGAUUCGCCCCAUCGCAAGGGUCCCGUUGCCAUCAAGGCCGAAGAGUCACUCAGCAAGUUUGUGGAGCUGCUGAUGCGGUUGGAGCGGAUCCCGCCUGGCGGUGAGGGGGAGAACGGCGUUGGGGGGCUUGCGGCGGGGGAGGAUGAAGAGCAGGAGCUGAGGACGUGGGCCGAUUUGAGGGAGCACCAGGCCCGGUUCGUGCAGUGCGGUGGAUUCCUGGGAUUGCCUUGA